CAUGCAAUAUUUGUAUUGAUAUCGGUCUGUACCGAUGGCAAUGUCUGGUAAUAUGGGUACAGGCUUAUUUUACUCCCAAUACACUUUGCAGACGUAUAUCAAUAGUCAAAUGCUUUAUAAAAAAGCAAAAAGUAAAAGGUGGACUUCUAAACUUGUUAUAAAUCUGUUACAUUCUAUAACAACCUGAACAAAGCCUCUCUCAUCUGUUUUAAUAGGUAUCAUAAGUUGUUUUCCUUCCUGCAGAUGUAUUUGCAUAAACCUACCCUUGAUUUUACCUAUGGAACCUCUUUUGUAUCUACUUCAGAAUCAGAAUACUUUAUUGAUCUCUCAGGGAAAUUGUUAUGACACAGUAUCUAUUACUGCAUUGCUUUUACAUCAUAUAAAACAUAUCCACAGUCACUGGUUAAGCAACUAGAAACUGCAGGAUUCUUACUCCACAGCAGAACUGGGGCAUGCAAGAGCACAUUAACAAAAGAGAAUUGAUGUACUUACAGUGAAGAUGUGUGUAAUCCUCUGAGGCACAGCUGUGGUUUCAGACAUAUUUUCUCUGAGAGAGAAAUGCCCCUAGAUCUUUAGUCAUCAAAAGGAGGCGGCACAGAGAAGAAUCAGGCUGAUUUCCAAGAAAUGGCAUGACCUGCAGAGUGUCGAGGGAGGAGAAAAACUUUGUUCUUUUUGUAUUUUAUGAGUAUGGGCUGUGAUAAGGACCAUCAGAAACAUUGUGGUUGGGUUGACCAAAGUUCUUCUGCGACCCCACAGAAACCCUGGCUAUGGUUUGAGGAGGCGUGAGAGUCCCGUACAGGAAACAGGAAAUAUCACUGCCUUUAUCGCUACCACAGAUUUGGACCUGAGUGCACAUCCAGAGCAGAAGGCAUAGGCCUACACUUUUACUGCACAGACUUGGAGUCUUAAAUGUUUUCUGAUUAGAACUUAGUACCUCCUCAGAGGGUUGGUCUUGGUCAUCUUGAUUGUAAAUGUAAGACUUCAAUAUGAAACGGCUUGCUGAUGCUUAUAAAGAAGAGAGCACAUUGUUAGAACAUCAGAAAGGGUCUCUCUCAGUUUAUAAAGUUCCCCUGACAGAAGAACAAAUCAAUGUGAAUGGGUGCAAGCAAUUCCGUUUGGGUAAAGAGUCCAUUAAACCUAAUCGCACCAUAAUGGUUCUCGGAGCAACUGGUGCUGGGAAGUCAACUCUCAUCAAUGGGAUGAUCAAUUACAUUCUAGGUGUCAAAUGGGAGGAUUCAUAUCGGUUUAAGUUAGUUGAUGAGGGUCAGUCGAAAUCACAAGCUGAAAGUCAGACUUCUGAAGUCACUGUGUACAAAAUCUACCACCAGGAAGGCUUUGAAAUAGAUUGCUCACUGACCAUUGUUGACACUCCAGGCUUUGGAGAUACAAGAGGCAUAGAAAGAGACCAGAUGAUCACAGAACAGCUACGUAAUCUCUUCUCUGCUGAUUGUGGUGUCAGUGAAAUUGACGCUGUGUGUUUUGUAGCUCAGGCUGCUUUAGCACGACUCACACCAACACAGAAAUAUGUGUUUGAUUCUGUGCUCUCAAUCUUUGGCAAAGAUGUGGCAGAAAACAUCCGGGUUCUGGUGACAUUCGCAGACAGCCAGCAACCACUAGUUCUAGAGGCAAUCAAUGCUUCAGGUGUCCCAUGUCCUAAAAAAGGUGGGCUGCCAGUUCACUUCAAAUUCAAUAAUUCAGCGUUGUUUGCAGACAACAAAUCAUCUGCAGCAGACAGUAUGAGUGGGGAUGAUGAAGAUGAAGAUGGAGACUUUGAUAAGAUGUUUUGGAACAUGGGAACAAAAAGCAUGAAGAGGUUCUUUGAUGCUUUAAAUAUCAUAGAAACCAAAAGCUUAAAAAUGACGAAAGAGGUCCUCAGAGAAAGAAAGCAGCUCGAGAAUUCAGUUGAAAAUGUGCAGAAGCAGGUUAAAGUUGGGUUAGCCAAGCUUGAGGAGAUAAAAGAGACAACUGGAAAACUAAAAGAGCAUGAGGGAGAAAUCAGCAGAAAUGAGAACUUUGAGUUUUAUGUCAACAUCAGAAAGCCUGUUCAAAUAGAUAUUUCUGGAACUGGAAAUUACAUCACCAACUGUCAGCAGUGCCAUGUCACCUGUCACUAUCCCUGUUCAAUACCAAAUGAUGCAGAUAAAGCACGCUGUUGUGCAAUGGGAAGAAAUGGAUACUGUACUCAGUGUCCAAAUAAAUGUCAUUGGAGUGUACAUUCUAAUCAGAAGUGCAGAUGGGAGUAUAUUGAAGUUAAAGAAAAAGGAACAGUGCAAGAGCUGAAAGAAAAGUACCAGAAGGCCACAAAGGCUAAAAUAACUGUUGAGGAAUUGGUUGAUGGGCUGAAGGCUGACUAUGAUCGUGUGCAGGCUGAGGUGGUGAAACUGGUGGUGAGGUUAUCUCAGUGUUUAAACCGACUUAAAGAGAUAGCACUGAAGCCAGAUCCUCUACAGAUCCACUACAGAUCCACUACAGACUACAUUGACAUGCUUUUUGAGGGAGAGAAAGCUGAGGCCAAGCCAGGCUGGAAGCAACGAGUUAAGUCCUUGAUAAACAUGAGAGAUAAAGCAGAGUUAAUGGCUAAAGCAGCCAGAGGAGAGAAACUCCUCCAUCGUCGAGAUUCUCAAAUCUAGGAUGAUAAGUUUAUGCUGCGUCGACACGACACUCAAAACUGUGCUGCGCUAUCUAUACACUUUCCAAUUGCUAUCACAUUGCUUCAGCUCUAAUCAGACAGCUACUGAAGGAAAGGCAUGUGUUAUUUCAUUGUUGAUUUGUAUGUAUUGUAAAAUGUGAUCUUGUUCAGCCAGAAAUUAAGGCAAAUACUCCUCCAAAGUACACUGACAUACUUAUUGAAAGAGAGAAAUCUGAGGCCAAGCCUCAGUGGAAGCAAUGAGUUUGUUCUCUGAUAGUCAAGACAAAAAGCAGAGUAUGUGUCUUGUUACUAAGUCUGAGAUUAAAAUGACUAAGGAAAUCUC